CCGACAUAAUAGGUUCCGCGAGCCGGGUCCCCACCGUAGGUAUAUAUUAUCUUUAUUCAGUGUAAUCUACAGCGUUCUGUCGAACGAAACGUGUUUGUAAACUGAUAAUAAAAGACAAUGGACAACGUUGUAUUUUAUUAUUUCCCGCUCAAAGCGAUGGGAGAGAGCAGCCGUCUGCUCCUCGCGUACGGAGGGCAGAAAUUCGACGACCGACGUGUGCCCAAGGAGGAGUGGAUGGAACUUAAACCAAAUACACCGUUCGGCCAGAUGCCAGUACUCGAGAUAAACGGCAAAAGACACGGGCAAAGUGUAGCUAUAGCCCGCUACCUGGGUCGCAAGUACGGUCUCGCGGGAGACAGUAUUGAAGAGGACUUUGAGAUUGACCAGAAUGUGGAUUUCUUUGGCGAUAUUCGUAUAAAAGCAGCCAACGUGUUCCACGAGACAGAUCCUGAGUUAAAAAAGAAGAAACAUGAAGAACUAGAGAAUAAUUACUACCCUGAUGCUUUGAAACGUCUUCACGACAUCGUGACCAAGAAUAACGGCCAUAUUGCUCUGGGCAAGUUAACUUGGGGUGAUUUUGUCAUCGCCGGAAUGUACGACUGUUUCAAAAUGCUUCUUCAGAUCCCAGACUUUGAGGAAAAAUACCCAAACAUUAAGAAGUUGCAUGAUAAUGUAGUUUCUCUGCCUCGCGUGAAGGAAUAUUGUGAUGCUGCCCCUAAAUGUGAUUUUUAAGAUAUUUUAAAACCAAGGUUUUAUCAAAAAACAUAUUUUUUAUUAUUAUAUUUUUUAUAUCAUGCAAUUAUCUUUAGAUAUAAGUAGUUAUAAUGUUAUGGGAUAUUUUUUACUUAUUUUGUUAAUUUGUUAUACCUAGUAAAAAAUGCUUUAUGUAAUACUACCUUUACAGCCUGAAUA